CUUCACCAGCAAUGUAUGAGAGUGCCUGCGUCUUCUUCAAACUCACCAACAGUCUACCGCCAGUUUUUUUAUAUUUACCAAUCUAGAAGGUACACCAAGCUUGGCUACGCAGGCAACACUGAGCCCCAGUUCAUUAUUCCUUCAUGUAUUGCCAUCAGAGAAUCAGCAAAGGUAGUUGACCAAGCCCAAAGGAGAGUGUUGAGGGGCGUCGAUGACCUGGACUUUUUCAUAGGGGAUGAAGCCAUAGAUAAACCCACCUACGCCACAAAGUGGCCAAUAAGACAUGGAAUAGUUGAAGACUGGGACCUGAUGGAAAGGUUCAUGGAGCAAGUGAUCUUUAAGUACCUUCGAGCCGAACCCGAGGACCAUUAUUUUUUAAUGACAGAACCCCCACUGAAUACACCAGAAAAUAGAGAGUAUCUUGCAGAAAUUAUGUUUGAAUCGUUUAAUGUACCCGGACUCUACAUUGCAGUUCAGGCAGUGCUGGCCUUGGCAGCCUCGUGGACAUCUCGGCAAGUCGGCGAGCGCACGUUAACAGGGAUCGUCAUUGACAGCGGGGAUGGAGAUAUUACGUAUUUCAUUCAGCAGCUGCUAAGGGAGAGGGAGGUGGGAAUCCCUCCUGAGCAAUCCUUGGAGACCGCAAAAGCCAUCAAGGAGAAAUACUGCUACAUUUGCCCUGACAUUGUCAAGGAGUUUGCCAAGUAUGACGUGGAUCCCCCCGAGUUUGCCAACCCAGAUUUUAUGGAGUCCAUCUCGGAUGUUGUUGAUGAAGUUAUACAGAACUGUCCCAUCGAUGUCCGCCGUCCGCUGUAUAAGAAUGUCGUCCUUUCAGGAGGCUCCACGAUGUUCAGGGAUUUUGGACGUCGGCUGCAGAGAGAUUUGAAAAGGGUGGUGGAUGCCAGACUAAAACUCAGUGAGGAGCUCAGUGGCGGCAGAAUAAAGCCCAAGCCCGUGGAGGUCCAGGUGAUCACACACCACAUGCAGCGCUAUGCCGUGUGGUUCGGGGGCUCCAUGCUGGCCUCGACCCCGGAGUUCUUCCAGGUCUGUCACACCAAGAAGGACUACGAGGAGUAUGGCCCCAGCAUCUGCCGCCACAACCCCGUCUUUGGAGUCAUGUCCUAGUGGUGGCCUCGACACCGCCGUUCCCAUCGUGUCAGCUGCCGAGCAGGUGUCCUUCAGAGCGCAGGGAAGACCUCAGCUGGCCGGAGCAGCGUGCUUGCGUCGCCGAGUGCAUGAGGCACCGCCGGUCAGCUCAGUCCAAGCCGUCUGUGUGCCCAGCCCGUCACCUGCCCUCCCUUCCUCCUCUCCACCUGAGCUUCUAGCUGACAGAUAGAAUUCUGAAGGAAUUUCACUGCGACUUUAAAGAUUAUUAGGAAAAUAUCCUAGAACAUGGCGCAAAAUGGUCCCCCCCGACCACCUUCAGGAAAACAUAUGGGGCUGUAAACCCUUUUCCUCCCAGCCUAUUUUUGUAAAUAACGUGUUAUAAACUUGAAAUACAAAUUGAUGUUUAUAUUUCCUAUCAUUUUGUAUUUGAUGGUAUUUGGUACAGCGAGCUAAUCCUGAGCAUGAGCAGAUCUGGGUGUCAUGAGUGCUGCUGUGAUAGACGUGUUUAAUUGUGAGGCAUGUUGUGACGCGUGUGUAGGGCAGACGAUGUAAACCAGAACAAACUUUGUUGCCACAUGUGUGCCAGAAAAUGACUGCACUUUAUUGGAGUGACAUGAAGUUGAAACACUAAACAGUACUGUAUGAGAAGCGUUGCAGAUAACGUACCUUUUCAUGUUCUUGUCUGAACUUUCUGGAACUGUUUUGUAGAAGAUGCCGGUUUGCUGUCGGUGAGUGUUGGAUGAAAUACUCCCUUGCACCAUUGUAAUAAAAGCGGUUAGACUCUUUAUAAAGAUCCCCUG